GACGCUCUGUUUAGAAGAGUAGAGACCGGGGUGAUUGUGGCUUACGGUAGUUGUCGCGGGGGAGGUCCUGGGCGGCAUCAUGGUCCUUGGGUGGUUACUUCCAGAAGUGGGUGGCUCGCUGGUGUCACGGCAUGGCGCGAGUGCCUGGCAGAGGAAGAAGAAUUGACAGUCUGAAAUCGAGACACGGAGAGAGGAGAAAGGGAUCCAUUGUUUUAGGAGGUGUAAAAUACAACUAAACACCAAGUCCGGUUUGAAUUUUUUCACUAUAUUACUCUGCCUCUGUUAUCGGACGAAUGAAGGAUAUUUAGUGGAAAUCUGUCUUGACUGCUGCGAAUCAAAGCAAAAUGGUGCAGCUCUUGAAGAAGCAAACAAAGACUCUCACUUCCUUUACAUGUCUCUUCCAGUCUCUCUCUUUUUCUUCCUCCACCAAACACCCCAACCAUUCAUCAUACGUAAAACCCAAUCAAAAUCCACUUUCCUCUCUCACAAACGUCCUUCCUUAUCCCAGUAGCGACACAAAUGUCAUCCCCUUCUCAUCAUCAAAGACCCAUCUUUAUGCCUCCUUCUUCUGCACCCUCAUCCACCUCUACUUGACGUGUGGAAGAUUUUCCAAAGCCUCUCAAGCCUUCUUCUCUCUGCGAAACCACGGUAUCGUUCCCAUUGUGCCCUUGUGGAAUCGGCUACUAUACGAAUUCAAUGCCUCUGGUUUGGUUGAUCAGGUAUGGGUUCUUUACAAUGACAUGCUCGCUUGUGGGGUUCUGCCUAAUGUUUUCACCUUCAACAUAUUGGUUCAUUCUUGGUGCAAAGUGGGGAAGUUGGGUCUGGCAUUGGAUUUUCUUCGGAGUGCGGACGUUGAUACUGUUACCUAUAAUACUGUCAUUUGGGGGUUCUGUGAACAAGGAUUGGCUAAUCAGGCUUUUGGGUUUUUGUCAGAAAUGGUAAAGAGGGUGUAUCUAGAUUCUAUUACUGUAAACAUAUUGGUUAAUGGGUUUUGCAAAAUUGGGCUGGUAAAGCAUGCAGAGUGGGUCAUGGAUGAUUUAGUAAGUGGGGGGAUUCGUCGAGAUACUAUGGGUUUGAAUUCUUUGAUUAAUGGGUAUUGCAAAGCGGGGGAAGUUGACCACGCAUUCAAAUGGAUGGAGAAUAGGAAAAAUAACGGUUUUUUGCCUGACAUUGUUACUUAUAAUACUUUGAUAAAUGGGUUUUGCAAGAUGGGUGAUUUUGUUCAGGCCAAGAGUCUUAUCGAUGAGGUUUUGGGGUCUCAGACAAAUGAGGAGUGUGCGGUUUUGAAAACGGAGGAUAUUGAGGAUGGGGCUGACAGUGUGCAUUUGAAGCCGAACCUUAUUACAUACACUACCCUCAUCAGUGCAUCCUGUAAGCAGCAAGGGCUUGAGGAAGCACUUUCUGUGUACGAGGAAAUGGUUAUGAACGGGUUCUUCCCCGAUGUUGUUACUUACAGUUCCAUUAUGUAUGGCCUUUGCAAGCAUGGGAGAUUAGCUGAAGCAAAAGCUCUUCUGAUGGAGAUGGAGAAGAUGGGUGUGGAUCCCAAUCACGUCUCAUAUACUAUCCUUGUUGAUUCUCUGUUAAAGGCAGAAAGAGAUGUCGAGGCUUUUAUUCUUCAGAACCAAAUGGUAGUUCGUGGCAUUAUUUUUGAUGUGGUCACACUUAGUGCUUUUAUGGAUGGACUUUUUAAGGUUGGGAAAGCCAGUGAGGCUGCACGCAUGUUCAGAACAUUUUUGAAGCUUAACGUAGUUCCAAAUUCUAUCACCUAUUCUGCACUAAUUGAUGGGCUUUGCAAGUUAGGAGACAUGAAUACUGCAGAGUCUGUGCUGCAAGAAAUGGUGCAGAAGCAUGCUUUUCCAAAUGUUAUCACCUACUCCUCUAUCAUAAAUGGGUAUACAAAGAAAGGAAUGCUUGGUGAAGCUGUUAAUGCACUGAGGAAGAUGGUUCAGCAAAAUAUCUUGCCAAAUGCUUUUGUUUACGCAACACUAAUUGAUGGUCAUUUCAAGGCAGGUAAGCAAGCAGCUGCUCUUGAUCUAUAUAAUGAGAUGAAAGUGGGAGGAUUAGAAGAAAACCGUUUUAUACUUGAUGCUUUUGUGAACAACUGGAAAAGAGGAGGAAGCAUGGUGGAGGCUGAGGGACUAUUCAAAGGAAUGAUGUCUAGGGGCUUGUUGCCUGACCAAGUUAACUAUACGUCCUUAAUGGACGGCUUCUUCAAAGUUGGUAAGGAGUCAGAUGCUCUUAACAUGGCCCAAGAAAUGACACAGAGAAAUAUUAGGUUUGAUGUUGUUGCAUAUAAUGUUUUGAUUAACGGUCUAUUGAAGCUGGGAAAAUAUGAACUACAACCUGUUUAUACCGGAAUGAGAGAUUUGGGUUUGUCUCCAGACCAUGCUACUUACAACACCAUGAUUAAUGCUUAUUGUAAGCGGGGGAACUUCAAAAAUGCUUUUGAACUCUGGAAUGAGAUGAAGAGCCAAGGCUUGAUGCCAAAUUCAAUCUCCUCGAACAUUCUGAUUACGGGGCUUUGUGAAGAUGGUGAUAUUAAGAGAGCAAUGGACAUUUUGAAUGAAAUGUUGAUGCUGGGUCAUCACCCUACUUUAACCACUUAUAGAGUUCUGCUUGGUGCAUCUGCAAAGAGUAUGAGGGCAGAUUCAAUUUUGCAUAUGCAUGAGCAACUAGUAGGUAUGGGGCUUAAACUUGAUCGGGCGGUUUAUAACACUCUCAUCACUACCUUAUGCAGGCUAGGGAUGACCAGGAAAGCCACAUCAGUAUUGAAAGAUAUGACACAAAGAAGGCUUGAAGCAGAUACUAUUACUUACAAUGCCCUUAUACGUGGGUAUUGUGUAAGCAGCCAUGUAAAGAGGGCCUUCACUGUGUAUUCUAGGAUGUUGGUUCAAGGAGUUUCUCCGAAUAUUGCUACAUACAAUCUCCUUCUAGGAGGUCUUUCGGCUGCUGGUUUGAUGAAAGAGGCAGAUGAUUUAUUUGGUGAAAUGCAGGAAAGAGGAUUUGUCCCUAAUGCUGCUAUAUAUGAUACUUUAAUUUCUGGACAUGGCAAGAUUGGAAAUAAGAAGGAAUCAAUAAAACUUUACUGCGAAAUGGUAACUAAAGGUUUUGUUCCCAAAACUAGCACCUACAAUGUGCUUAUUAGUGAUUUUGCUAAGGUGGGGAAGAUGGACCAAGCUAGAGAGCUUUUAAAUGAGAUGCAGGCAAGAGGGGUGUCUCUAAAUUCUUCAACUUAUGACAUACUGAUAUGUGGCUGGUGCAAUCUAUCUAAUCGGCCAGAGUUGGACAUGGCAUGGAAAAUGCCAUAUCGAGCUGAGGCAAAAAGAUUAUUCACAGAGAUGCAAGAGAAAGGGUUUGUUCCAUGUGAAAGUACCCUUUUACGAAUUAGUGCUACGUUUGCUAGACCAGGAAAGAAGGUUGAUGCUCAGAAACUGGUAAAGGAAAUGUAUAAGAGAAAGAAUAUAUGAUAGAUUGGCUCAAAACAGAAGACAGGAGAUGUCUAUUGUGGAUAGCCUACCACUUGAGCACUAAUGGAAGUAUGUGUUACUGCAACAUUCCAAUUCUAUAUUUAGACACCAGGUCCUGAAGUAUUUUCGAAGUUCUUCAUCCCUUUCUGGCAGUCUAUAG